GAGCUCAGAAGCCAAGCCAACGGUUGUCCUCCCAGGAGAAGAAAGAAACGAAACCUCUUCCGACCUCUCACUCUUCCAUCCUUCCUCACGGCUUUCGUGUUGGAUUCUACCGCCGGAUCCUUCCGUGACGCCGAGUCAUUUACUAUAAAGGGACCGAUCAACACCCUAUAUAUGUCCCGGUUCGUAGACAAGCUUCCCUACUUCGACCGGCGGUCACCACUGAUGGAAGAAGCCGAGGACAUCACCCGCAGCGGGCUCCUCGUCCGCCACUCCCGCCCCUCCUCCCCCCUGUGCGAGCUCCUCGAGCCCGUCGGCGAGAGCACCGACCGCUCCCCUCCCCACCGCGUGCUCGAGCUUGGCGACAGGGGAAGCCCUCCCAGCGGCGGUGACCUCAGCCCCUGUCCGCUCCCCUUCAUCCUCUCCUUCACCGACCUCACUUACAGCGUCAAGAACCCCAGGAAGCUCUCCUUCUUCCCGACGUUCCUCCGCGGGAACCGCCUCGCCACGGACCUGGUCACUGCCGGCGAGGGACCCGAGGCCUUCGCCCGGACCAAGACUCUCCUAGACUCGAUCUCCGGCGAGGCCAGAGAGGGGGAGAUCUUGGCCGUCCUGGGGGCGAGCGGGUCCGGCAAGUCUACCCUCAUCGACGCUCUGGCAGACAGGAUCGCCAGGGAGAGCUUGAAAGGCUCUAUCACUCUCAACGGAGAAAACCUCGACGGCCGGCUUUUGAAGGUGAUUUCGGCCUACGUGAUGCAAGACGACCUCCUGUUCCCGAUGCUGACGGUGGAGGAGACGUUGAUGUUCUCGGCGGAGUUCCGGCUGCCACGCACGCUCUCCUCUGCCCAGAAGCGGGCGCGGGUGCAGGCGCUCAUCGACCAGCUAGGCCUCCGGCAGGCGGCCAACACCAUCAUCGGCGACGAGGGCCACCGCGGCGUCUCCGGCGGGGAGCGCCGACGUGUAUCCAUCGGCAUAGACAUCGUCCACGACCCUAUCGUCCUCUUCCUCGACGAACCCACCUCGGGCCUCGACUCCACCAGCGCGUUCAUGGUCGUCAAGGUCCUCCAACGCAUCGCCCACGGCGGCAGCAUCGUCAUCAUGUCCAUCCACCAGCCCAGCUACCGCAUCCUUGGCCUUCUCGACCGUCUGCUCUUUCUCUCCCGGGGCCAGACCGUCUACAGUGGGGCCCCCGACGGGCUCCCCUCCUUCUUCUCCGACUUCGGCCACCCGAUACCGGAGAACGGGAACGCGACCGAGUUCGCCCUCGACCUCAUCCGCGAGCUUGAAAGCACCCCCACCGGCGCCAGGUCCCUCGUCGAGUUCAAUAAAUCCCGGCAAGCUGCGAAGCCUUCCAUGACCGCCGCCGCCACCGAGAAGCCGUCGCUCUCCCUGAAAGAUGCCAUCAGCGCCAGCAUCUCACGUGGCAAGCUCGUCUCCGGCGCCACCGACGGCACCGGCCCGGCCUCGUCCGUGCCGACGUUCGCCAACCCGUUCUGGAUCGAGAUAGCGGUGCUGACCAAGCGGUCGGCCACCAACACCCGUCGCAUGCCGGAAUUAUUCGGCAUCAGGCUCGGCGCUGUGAUGAUGACCGGAUUCAUUUUGGCCACCAUCUUCUGGCGGCUCGACAAUUCCCCGAAGGGAGUGCAAGAACGUCUCGGCUUCUUCGCCAUCGCCAUGUCGACCAUGUUCUACACCUGCGCCGACGCGCUUCCCGUCUUCCUCCAAGAACGCUACAUCUUCAUGCGAGAGACGGCGUAUAACGCUUAUCGCCGCUCGUCCUACGUCCUCUCCAACGCCAUCGUCAGCUUCCCGCCACUGGUCGUCCUCUCCAUCGCCUUCGCACUCACCACAUUCUUCGCAGUCGGGCUUUCAGGCGGUGCAACAGGGUUCUUCUUCUUCUUCUUAAUAAUUUUAGCUUCCUUCUGGGCCGGGAGUGGCUUCGUGACGUUCCUCUCCGGCGUCAUAUCGCACGUAAUGGUCGGAUACACUGUGGUGGUGGCCAUACUGGCCUACUUCCUUCUCUUCAGUGGCUUCUUUAUAAACCGGGACCGGAUUCCGGACUACUGGAUUUGGUUCCACUAUCUAUCCUUAGUGAUGUAUCCCUAUGAAGCAGUGCUACAGAAUGAGUUUGAUGAUCCGACGAAGUGCUUCGUUAGAGGAGUUCAGAUCUUCGACAACACGCCGGCGGCGAGCUUGCCGACGGCCACGAAACUGAACGUGCUGAAGGCUAUGAGCAGCGCCCUGGGAACGAACUUGACCAGCAAUACAUGCAUCACGACGGGCCCCGAUAUAUUGAAGCAGCAGGGGGUUACUGAUAUCAGCAAGUGGAACUGUUUGUGGGUAACCGUGGCCUGGGGGUUCUUCUUUAGAGUGCUCUUCUACUUCACACUGCUUGUGGGGAGCAAAAACAAGAGGAGGUAGAUACA